UAAUCCACCGGCCACGUGUCGUUCAGGCAGCUCUCUCGGCGGCCACUUGCCUCCUCUCAGUCAAGGAGCUGUCUCUCUUUCUUCUUCUUUUUCUCUUUUAUCUCUCUAAUGUCUAAAAAGGGUUUUCUUCUUCUUCUCCGUCUCUACUCUUCAACUGUCGAUUUUACCUCUUCGUCUUCUUCGCCAUCUCUGGUAACUCCGGCGAGUUCUGUUCCAUAAUUAUUUUCUCCAAUUUUCAUUUCUUCUUUAAGUAAGGAGAACAAAAAAAAAAAUCUCGUUUCUCUUUCCGUUUCUGUUGUUCCGGAAUCUAUGGGGGAAGAAGCAAGCAGACAACAAAGGGCAUGGAACAGAGAAAUGACGGUGUCGACAAAUCUUUCUCUGGACAUAGAUAAAUACCCGAGAGAUCUGUUACGAGGUUUUAUGUCUGAAAACGGCGGUGGAAGAUCGUUUCAUGGUGGAGAAACAGACUGCGAUGAUGAGAGUGCGAUUGAGCUGAAUCUGGGUUUGUCUUUAGGAGGUCGAUUCGGAGUAGACAAGACUCCAAGGAAGCUCAAACGAUCUUCCUCUGUUAUCGGAACUGUGCCGUUUGAUGACUCGACGACGUUUGUGUCCGAGACGGAGGUCGAGCCGGAGAAUUACACGGUGGGUUUAGCUAGAACGACGUCGUUACCGGCGGAGAUGGAAGAGGAAUGGAGGAAAAGGAAAGAGAUGCAGUCGCUGAGGAGAAUGGAAGCUAAGAGGAGGAGAUGUGAGAAACAGAGUUUCAGAGUUGACCAAACGCCGUCGUUUGAGUCCGAGAGAUGGGCCACUGCGAGUAAAAGCGGGUUUUUGCAGAGACAUUUGGUUUCUUCUAAUGGACAAGUGUCUUUUGAUUCCGAUGGAGGAAGAGGAGGAGGAGGCAGCUCUUCAUGCUUGUCAGAGCUGGACAACAAGAAUCAACAAGGUUCAUCAAACAGUUGCGGUGACGAAAGAAGCCCGAAGAUCAUGACAAGAUGUUCUUCUACUAGCGGAAGCCAAGGAACGGAGAAACCAAGAGCGAAUGAGAAGGAGAAUGAGAAAGGAGUGAGAAGAGAAGAUGAAUCUGUGGAUAGGAAAGGCAAAGGCACGGCUACGUCUACUGGUUUGUUCGACAUGCCUUGUGUGUUUACCAAAGGAGACGGUCCUAACGGAAGACGUGUUGAUGGGAUUCUGUACAAGUACGGGAAAGGAGAGGAAGUUCGGAUAAUGUGCAUUUGCCAUGGCAGUUUCUUGACACCCGCUGAGUUUGUUAAACAUGGUGGAGGAGGAGAUGUGGAUCGUCCUCUUCGGCAUAUCGUUGUCAAUACUUCUUCGUCAACGUUUUGAAACAAAGAAAGAACCGGAUGUGUAUUUCUCUUCUUGUUUCAUUUCUUGUUGUUUUUAUCUUUCGGAUUUCUGCUUAGUUUGGCUUUGAGAAUGAAAAUGCCAAAUCUCAAUCUUGGUGUUGAGGAUUAGGAUGAAGAUCAAGAUUCUCUUGUAUUUUAAGUGUAAUACAUGAGAACAUCAAAAGAACCAUCAAAUGAGUGUCUAAGAACUGAAACUUCAGUUAU